AUGCAUCCACAACAUCUGUCUUCCUUGAACCACAAUACCACAAAUCGAGAGGGAAGUAGACAAGUUUCUAAUCAUCAUCAAUUUGAAACACAAACACCACCACAUGAUUCACGUAAUAACAGGCAGUCUAUCACGGACCAACGUCCAGAAUUGAAACGAAAAUUCGAUGAAGCUAUUGUUCCGACUCCGAACACAACAGUAAAAACAAACAACACGUCGACACCACCAUCAACAGACGCCGCCAGCGAAAUGGAAAAAAAGAAAGCACGAUUGGAGGCUUGGAAAAAGAAGAAGGAAAUGGGGGCACUUCAAAAACUGGAAGAAGAAAAGAAACAAAAAGUUGUAACAACAACUCCCAACGAAGAUGCCACCAACAAGGUGCCGACAAAGCCUUUAGCAUCAUCUGUGGAAACACUCAAAAAAAAUCGGGUCUUCCUUGAUGACGACGAGAAGGUUCCAACGAAUACCACAAUGGAAGAGGAGGAGGAUGAAUUUGAAAAAUACAUGUCCACUAUUCAUAACAAUUUACAGCAACAACAGAAGCAUUCAGUGUCUGACAACGGUACGUUAAGUAAUAGCAACAACACGGAGUAUUCUACUGAAAAUAGAACCCAAAAAGGACAAGUCUUAUUUUCUGAGGAUCUCGACGUAGAUAUCGACAGCUAUUUCAUAACGAAGGAGGACACUAUUGAAAAAGGAUUUGAUGGAAUGUCGGAUCUUCAAAAACAGUCCAAAAAAGAUUUAAAACCUGUGGAUCAUUCACAAAUUGAUUACAUACCCAUUCGUAAAAACUUUUUUAUUGUCCCUAAAGAACUGAGCUCAAUGAAUGAAACAGAAAUCAAUGAACUCAGAAAAGAGAUGGGAAAUAUUAAAGUUCAUGGACAUGACAUUCCUCCUCCUGUAAAAUCAUGGACCCAGUGUGGAUUGAAUGAUGUGAUUUUAGGGGUAAUUGAUUCACUUGGAUAUACAAAGCCUUUUGCAAUUCAGUCUCAAGCUCUUCCUUGUAUCAUGAGCGGAAGAAAUGUGAUUGGUAUUGCUAAAACAGGAAGUGGAAAGACUUUGGCAUUUGUAUUACCAAUGUUAAGACAUGUUUUGGAUCAACCUCCUCUAAAAUUUGGAGAUGGACCCAUUGGUAUUGUGAUGGCUCCAACAAGAGAACUUGCGAUACAAAUUCAUGAUGAAUUGGUUAAAUUCGCUGAACCUCUUCAGUUAAAAACAGCUUGUGUUUAUGGAGGUGCAGGAAUUGCCGAACAAAUUGCCUUGUUGAAAAAUGGCGCCCAUAUUGUAGUUUGUACACCAGGAAGAUUAAUCGAUUUACUUUGCGCCAACAGAGGCAAAGUUACGAACCUAACACGUGCAUCAUUUGUGGUUUUGGAUGAAGCUGAUCGAAUGUUUGAUUUGGGUUUUGGACCACAAGUAAUGAAAAUUUUGAACAAUAUCAGACCUGACAGACAACUAGUCAUGUUCAGUGCUACAUUCCCUCGUCAAUUGGAAGCUCUUGCUAAAAAAGUAAUGAAAAAUUCGAUUGAAAUUAUUGUUGGGGGAAGAUCAGUAGCAUGUGAAAAUGUAAAGCAAUACGUAGAGAUUUAUAACGAUGAUUCUACCAAAUUUUUAAGAUUGUUGGAAUUACUUGGCAAAUAUAACAAACCCAAUUCAAGUAUUCUCAUCUUUGUAGACUCUCAAAACAGUGCAGGAGAUUUGUUUAGGGAUUUGGCUCUAGCUGGCUAUAAGGAUUGUAUUUGUACUCUGCAUGGAGGAAUGGAUCAAAUUGAACGAGAUUGCACCAUAUCCGAUUUCAAAUCUCAAAAAUACAGUAUCAUGAUCGGAACAAGUAUUUGUGCUCGUGGACUUGAUGUUCCAAGUAUUCGUCUCGUUGUAAAUUAUCAUUGUCCUGAUCACUAUGAGGACUAUGUACACCGAGUGGGAAGGACAGGUAGAGCAGGUAGAAAAGGAGUUGCCUAUACAUUCAUCUCAGCCUCAGAUGAAAAGUAUGCUGCCGAUCUCAUCAAAGCUCUCAAACAAUCGAAUAACCCAGUUCCAGAUGAACUUGUGAAACUUGCUGAGAAUUAUACAACGAAAAGAAAUCUUGGACUUGUGCAAGAAAAGAAAAAAUCGAAUGUGGUGUCUGGAUUUGUUGGAAGUGGAUUUAAAUUUGAUAUUCAUGAAGAAAAUAAGAAACUCGAAGAAAAGAAACAUCUUGCUCUUUCGUAUGCUGUUUCCAACAAUGAUGAGACCAUUAUUGAUCAAAUUGAUUUACCAACUGAAGAUGAGAUCAAGAAACAACAAGAAAAGUCGAGUCAAAAGAAAAAAGCAAAGAAAGAAGAGACAGUUGUCGAUAAGGCAACUAAAGCAGCUGAAGCUGUUUAUAAGGACAUUGACAAGAAUGAUGCAAUUACUGAGGAAGAAAAGGCAAUUCAACGUGCUCAGCUCUUUGCUGCUGCUCUCACCGUUCAUACGUCUCUCUCAGAGAAGCAAAAAGAAAAACAAAUGGCUCAAAAGAUGCUACAAAGUGUUGUUAAUAUUGGAGGUCUUUUCAGAACGGAGGUUGAAAUCAAUGAUUGGCCUCGACCAAUCAGAAUGGAAUUACUCAAAAAGGACUCUCUGCAUAGUGUUCAACAUUUUACAAACACAAAGAUCCAUGUGAAAGGUACUUUUGUCCCUCCAGAGUCACGUCCAAAACAAGGUGAACGAAAACUAUAUCUCUCUAUUGAAGGAACAACUGAGGAAUCGGUCCAACAAGCACGUUCUCAAAUAUUGAACAUGUUAGGAGAAGACUCCACUCUGUCCAUGGAUAGAAGGCACACAGGACGAUUCACCAUGUAA